CUGGAACGAGUGCAGCAACAGCCAAUUACAGUUGUUGUCUCUGACCUGCAGCGAUAACUAGGAGUGAGAAGCGCGCUGCUAUUGGCUGAGCGUGUGAGCGCUGCGACAGAUCAGCGAUUACCGGGGAAUGCGGAUAGUAAGAGCCCGUUACUAGGCAGCGGCGGUUUCCGGGGCAGAGCGCCUGUCACCGGCUGUCACCCCCCCAUACUCGGAGGUAUGCAUACAUCCUACCCGUGUCUGAUGCCCACAGGCAGGACACACAGUGUGCCUGUAUGACGUCUCGCAGUGAGCACACAGCCGGUAGUUUUCAGAGUUCUGCCAUUGAAAUGAAAAGAUGGCAGCUCUUUGCCCUCCACCUUCUCCAGCUGUGGCCAAAACUCUGAUCAGUAUCGAUGGCUACUCGCCACUUCUUGCUGCUACAUUUGCUUAUUGGGACAACAUACUAGGCCCCCGAGUGAGGCAUAUCUGGGCCCCAAAGACUGAUGAAGUGAUCCUCAGUGAUGGAGAGGUUACGUUCUUGGCAAAUCACACUCUGAAUGGCGAGAUUUUGAGAAAUGCAGAGAGCGGGGCCAUUGAUGUCAAAUUCUUUGUGCUCGCAGAAAAAGGAGUGAUAAUUGUGUCCCUUAUAUUUGAUGGGAAUUGGAAUGGUGAUCGGAGCACUUACGGCCUCUCUAUAAUCUUACCACAAAGUGAGCUGUGUUUCUACUUGCCUCUACACAGGGUCUGCGUGGCUCGUCUGUCACAUAUCAUCAGAAAAGGACGAAUAUGGAUGCACAAAGGCCAGAGCAUCAUUUCCAUGUUGACUGGAGAAGUUAUCCCUAUAAUGGAGCUGCUGUCAUCUAUGAAGUCACAUGGCGUUCCUGAAGAAAUAGAUAUUGCUACUACUGUCCUUAAUGACGAUGACAUUGGUGACAGCUGCCAUGAAGGUUUCCUCAGCAAUGCCAUCAGCUCACACUUGCAGACGUGUGGCUGCUCUGUGGUGGUGGGUAGCAGCGCAGAGAAAGUCAAUAAGAUGGUGAGGACGCUGUGCCUUUUCCUUUCUCCUGCAGAGCGGAAGUGCUCCAGGAUGUGUAGAUCAGAGACAUCGUUCAAGUAUGAAUCUGGGCUCUUUGUGCAAGGGCUGCUGAAGGAUGCUACUGGGAGCUUUGUGCUGCCGUUCCGUCAGGUCAUGUAUGCUCCGUAUCCUGCCACUCAUAUUGAUGUGGAUGUAAACACCGUUAAGCAGAUGCCCCCAUGCCAUGAACACACGUACAAUCAGCGACGGUACAUGCGGGCAGAGCUGGCAGCUUUGUGGAAGGCCACAUCAGACGAAGAACUGGCAGGAGAUUCAGUCAUACACACAGAUGAAAGUUUCACCCCUAACUUGAAUAUUUUCCAAGAUAUUCUGCACAGAGACACAUUUGUCCAAAACUUUUUAGAACAGGUAUUCCAGUUGAAGCCAAACCUGUCCCUAAGGAGCACAUUUUUGGCGCAGUUUUUGCUGAUACUUCAUAGAAAGGCCCUGACCCUAAUAAAAUAUAUUGAAGAUGACACACAAAAGGGCAAGAAAAUGUUUAAAUCUCUGCGUAGCCUGAAAACGGAUCUGGAUCUAACAGCAGAGGGCGAUCUCAACAUAAUUAUGUCUUUGGCUGAAAAGAUCAAACCAGGACUUCACUCUUUUAUUUUUGGGAAACCUUUUCACACCAGUGUACAAGAGCGGGAUGUACUAAUGACAUUUUAACAUUGGACCUCCUGAAUACCUAUAUCUAUUGGAUGAUUUCACGUAAAUACAAGCUCUAAAGACUUUGCAGAGAGAUCAGAGGCCAUUAGUUUUGAUGCCUGUUCUAACUUGCUCCACACUGGACCUUAAAAUAAUGAGUCCUGUUUAUUUGUGUUCUAGUUACCAUUACUAUGGGAAGUCUGAUUAUAAAUCUUUGUUGGUUUACUAACUUGAAAUCUUUACGUGUAUGUGUGUGCUUACAUUUAAACCAGAAUUUGCUAAUAUACUUAAAUAUUUUGUGAAGUGUUAGGCUGUACAUUGUGUUACUCACCCCAGAAAGUGUCUUUUCUUACACAGGUGUGUUUCAUAUUUGUCACUAGUUUUGUGUAAUGAUAAAAUGUUGAUACCUUUUGAAUUUCUUGACAGGCUUGGAGGUUAUUAUUUGGGGCUUAUGGAUUAUUCCACCAUAUGCAAUACACGACUUAUCCCAACUAAGCCUUGCCUCACAAGCCUUGAUGAUUCUUUAUAUGAGCAAAAUGAGAACGGUUUCCCUAAGUUUACAAAUCACGUUUCCCAAAUCACUGUUCUCUGCUGUACAAUUAUUUAUUUGCCAUUUAUUUGACAUGACCAUGUUCCAAAUUAUCAUUUAAAAUAAAAAUAGGACUUUGGAGUCCAUGCUGUUAA